AAGUCGCCUCCCCUCCCCUCCAGUAGGCUGUCGCUGCUCCUCUCCUUCCAUCUCACACACCGCAGCCCCAGCGAGAUCGCGAGAAGGCCAUGGCCAAGCCCAAGCCUUCCUCCGCCGGCGCCAAGUCGGCAGCGGCUGCCGCCGCCCCUGCGCCGCCUGCCACAGUGCACUCAGCGCUGGUCACCUACACCUCCAUGCUCGCGCUCCUCUCCCUCUGCCCGCCCUUCGUUAUCCUCCUGUGGUACACGAUGGUGCACGCGGACGGAUCGGUGGUGCGGACUUACGAGCACCUCAGGGAGCACGGCGUGCUCGAGGGGCUCAAGGCCAUCUGGCCCAUGCCCACCCUCGUCGCAUGGAAGAUCAUCUUCGGCUUCGGACUCUUCGAGGCCGUCCUGCAGCUGCUGCUCCCUGGGAAGCGCUUCGAAGGGCCCAUCUCGCCUGCCGGGAACGUGCCGGUCUACAAGGCAAAUGGCUUACAAGCAUAUGCAGUGACCUUGAUAACUUACCUCGGUUUGUGGUGGUUCGGUAUAUUUAACCCUGCAAUAGUGUAUGAUCACUUGGGGGAGAUAUACUCUGCUCUUGUCUUUGGAAGCUUUGUGUUCUGUAUUUUGCUCUACAUAAAGGGUCAUGUAGCUCCAUCUUCAUCUGACUCUGGAUCCUCAGGGAAUGUGAUAAUUGACUUCUACUGGGGUAUGGAGCUGUACCCUCGGAUUGGCAAGUACUUUGAUAUCAAAGUCUUCACAAACUGUCGUUUUGGUAUGAUGUCCUGGGCUGUUCUUGCUGUAACCUACUGCAUAAAGCAGUAUGAAAUGAAUGGCAGAGUUGCUGAUUCUAUGCUUGUAAAUACUGCACUUAUGUUGAUCUAUAUCACUAAGUUCUUUUGGUGGGAAUCUGGAUAUUGGUGUACUAUGGACAUUGCUCAUGAUAGAGCUGGUUUCUAUAUCUGCUGGGGAUGCUUGGUAUGGGUUCCAUCCAUAUAUACUUCGCCUGGAAUGUACCUUGUAAACCACCCUGUGAAUUUGGGUCCCCAGUUAGCACUCUCAAUUCUUCUAGCUGGAAUGUUGUGCAUAUACAUAAACUAUGAUUGUGACCGUCAGCGCCAAGAAUUUAGACGGACAAAUGGGAAAUGCUCAGUCUGGGGCAAGGCUCCAUCUAAGAUUGUUGCUUCUUAUCAGACUACAAAGGGAGAAACUAAAACCAGUCUUCUCUUGACUUCUGGAUGGUGGGGCUUGUCACGUCACUUCCACUAUGUCCCAGAGAUUCUAUCUGCGUUUUUCUGGACUGUUCCAGCUCUUUUCAAUCACUUCCUACCAUACUUCUAUGUGAUCUUCUUGACUAUAUUAUUGUUUGACCGAGCAAAGAGGGAUGAUGACCGGUGCUCAUCAAAGUACGGGAAGUACUGGAAGACUUACUGCAACAAAGUACCAUACAGAGUCAUUCCUGGCAUUUACUGAGCAUCUUGGGUUCUGGACGACUCUUGAUAUUAAGCCCGACAGAUGCUAUGAUUCUCAAUCCAGUCUUCAAACCGAUCUGCUACUGCCUUUGUAAUUUCGCUGGUAGGUUCGCGCUGUACGCAGUAUUAGGUGUAGGCAACUUGGCAUCUACCUUGUAUGUGUCGUGUAUCCAGGGCUGCGGCUUGCUUUGUUAGACAGUAGGGGGUAGUCUUGCCUUCUCAGGGGUGCGAUGUAUUUUUUUUUCCCCAUUCAGUCGACAGGGUGACACAACAAUGAGUAGGGGCUGGUGACAUUCUGUAGCGCUUGAAUAAUAUUUGUGUGCUGUAUUUGUUCGACGGACAAUGACUAAAGUUGCUCCAUUUGCCUUUCUUUUUAA